AAAUACCCCUAUGGCUUUGACGUCAAUACACGUCAACCAGAGAACAUGAUGCCUCUUUGCAAGUCAACUCGUGUGCUGUGUAGCUGAUAGAGGCACCUCGAGCUGAAAUAUUAUAGCUCUAUUGUAUUGGAGAACGUGGUGUGACAGCCCCGCGGGUUCAGCAAAUGGCCUGCUUCGUAUCGCCGCACUGACAAGGAGAGUGUCGCCACAUUGGCGUUCAAGCUGGCAGGGCGACACAGAAAUCAACUUUGUCUAUUUUUAAUGGACACGCUUCGAGCGGCGGCGGCGGCAGCAGAAGCGGCGGCGGCGGCGGCGGGCGGUUUGUUUUCCUUUCGUCUUUAUCUGUAGCUGCUCAGCCCCGCGUGAGCCCCCCGUGUGUCCCCUGCUCGUCUGGCUACCUCCUACUCCUCCGCAAACAGUCCCAUCCAGAACAGCAUGGUCAUGGCUGACAGUGUCCAAAAACCGCUGAUCCGGGGUCCGGUCCGAGUGGGCUUCUACGACAUCGAGCGCACUUUAGGAAAGGGCAAUUUCGCUGUCGUGAAGCUGGCUCGACACCGCAUAACCAAGACCGAGGUGGCCAUUAAGAUCAUUGACAAGACCCAAUUGGAUGCUGUCAAUCUAGAGAAGAUCUACAGAGAAGUCCAGAUCAUGAAAAUGCUGGACCACCCCCACAUCAUCAAGCUGUACCAGGUGAUGGAGACUAAGAACAUGCUUUACUUAGUCACGGAGUAUGCCAAGAAUGGGGAGAUCUUCGACUACCUGGCGAAGCACGGCCGUCUCAAUGAGCUCGAGGCCAGGAGGAAGUUCUGGCAGAUCCUGACAGCGGUGGAGUAUUGUCACAACCGCAACAUCGUCCACAGGGACCUGAAGGCUGAGAAUCUGCUGCUGGAUGGCCACAUGAACAUCAAGAUUGCAGAUUUUGGAUUCGGGAACUUCUUUCAGCCCGGGGAGCCUCUGGCCACAUGGUGUGGCAGCCCACCUUAUGCUGCUCCAGAGGUCUUUGAAGGCCAACAGUAUGAGGGUCCACAGCUUGACAUCUGGAGUAUGGGGGUGGUGCUGUAUGUGCUGGUGUGUGGUGCGUUGCCCUUCGAUGGGCCCACUCUGCCCGUACUUCGACAGAGAGUCCUAGAAGGAAGGUUUCGUAUCCCCUACUUCAUGACUGAAGACUGUGAGCACCUGAUCCGCAGGAUGCUGGUCCUGGACCCAUCGAAGCGUCUGUCUGUGGCCCAGAUCAAGGAGCACAAGUGGAUGGCUCUGUACGCUCCUGUACAGCGGCCUGUUCUCUACCAACAGCCUCUGUCUGCUGAGGGCGAGGCCGGUGUGGGAGAGUACAGCGAACAGGUUCUUCGCCUCAUGCACAGCCUUGGCAUCGACCAGCACAAGACUGUAGAGUCUCUGCAGAACAAAAGCUACAACCACUUUGCUGCUAUCUACUACCUACUGGUUGAGCGGCUCAAGGCCCAUCGCUGCAGCUUCCCCGUGGAACAGCGGCUCGACGCGCGGCAGCGGCGGCCCAGCACCAUCGCCGAACAGACAGUCGUCAAGUCGACCAGUGGUUCAGCCCAGGUGGGUUUGCACCCGCAGGGCGUUCGUCUGCUGCGCUCUCCUGCUCUGCCUCAAGCCUCCUCCGAUGCUUUCACCUUCCCCCAGACUGCAUGUCCCCCGGAGCAGAAUUUCAUGGUGGAAGACGUCAACACACCCAAAGUGAACGGCUGCCUGCUGGACCCCCUCCCUCCCUCCACUGUCCUCCGCAAGUCCUCCACCUCGUCGCCUAGCAACAUGAUGGAGACGUCGAUCGAUGAGGGCAUCGAGACCGAGGAGCCUGACACAGAGGACGAUCCGCCCCACCUGCUCUCGGCCUAUCAAAUCGCUCGGUUUGGCCAGCGGCGACACACCCUCUCUGAGAUGACCAAUCAGCCGGGGCCUUCGAACCAAGGUAAAUUAUUCACUCUGGGCCACAAUCCCUCCAUGGGCAGCGUGGAUUCAGACAUGGGCUACGACAUGGGCUCCAUGCACAGCGACCUGGGCCUGCUGGAAGACUCCCCUUCUCUCAGUGAAGUGGUCCCAGGCAACAGCUCCGCCCCCGGCGUCACCCCGACACCUUUCCUGAGCGCUCGGCCCGCCAACCCAGCGAUGGCCGUCCUCACCUCCCAGCACAGGGAGACGCACAACCGAUCCCCCAUCAGCUUCAGAGAAGGACGCCGUGCCUCCGACACCUCCCUCACCCAAGGUCUGGUGGCGUUCCGGCAGCACCUCCAGAACUUGGCGAGGACCAAAGGCAUCCUGGAGCUGAACAAAGCCCAGAUGCUGGUGGAGCAGAUGGGCUCAGGGGACGGGGCCGCCAUGGGCCCCCUGGGACCACAGCACCACUUGCACAACCUCCUGGAGGGUGAGGCGUCCAAGCAGCAUGAGGGUCUAGCUUUAUACCAAGGUGGGCCGCAGCCGCCUCUCCUGUCCCGCAGACAGAGUUUAGAGACACAAUACCUCACCCAUAGACUACAGGCCAACGUCUUGGCUAACAGUCCCGCUAGCUGCCAACUUUUCUGUAAGGACACUCGAACUUUAGAGCAACAGCUGCAGGAACACAGUGGGAUCUACUGCGUUCCUCACAGACUGAACCAGAAGAGGAUGUACCUGCAGCAGUCCCAGGGCAUGGGGCUGCAGACCUACUUCAACCAGAUGCAGAUAGCUGAAGGGUCUUACCCGCCAGGCGGCCCUGCUCUGGACCUGGCGGCGUCUCAAAGUUCCCCUCAGGGCCCCCCCAUGUCAGCCGGCCACCAGCCCCAGCAGCAGGGCAGCCCUCAGGCCUCGCCCCCCUUCAGCCACCCUCACAGCCUGAGCCCCUUGAUGGAACCGGGCGAGGGCCUGCUUUAUGACCCCUACAUGAGCCACCACCACUACACCCAACACCUGCCCCCCGGGACUCACCUCCACCACCAGCUGCACCACCCCAUGCCUCACGAAGCCUCUGCCGGCGGUCUGAGCUUCAGCUACCCUGCAGGCUGUGAGCAGCACGUUCUGGGGCCUUCAGCAGAGGGGCUUCACCCAGAGUACGAGUUCUCACUGGACCCCGCCUUGUUGCCCCCCCCUGCUCCGGGAGAGGCCGAGGCCGGAGCUAUGGCCGGGGUUUUGGCCGGUCCGGGGCAGUCAGACGGCCUCGGCCUGCCUGACCUGCAGGGCUCCCUCCUGGACACUGAGAUGAUGGAGACUGUGGACUCCCAGCAUGGCUUCGUACUGGUCAACUAAAGCCGGCUGAGGGGGGGUAACAGAAAGCAGUAUUAAGCAAUGAGAACCUACACAGCACUAAGAGCAGAGAGAAUGGAGAUAUCAGCGGAGGAAGCGUAGCAACAGGGAAGGAAAAGUGUUAAUUUUUGUACGACUAAUACGAACUUCAUUUCUUAGUUGUGAUGAACCUCAGACAACCUUUCUACCACGAUCCUCCCUUAGCCUACCUCCCUUUCUCCCGCUCCUCUUCUGUUCUCAUCAGCCCUGUGAGGCAGGAACAGGUCCGAUAUGUGGCACAUGGCGGGCCUCGCCGCGCUGACUUGGGGAGGCUGCUAACGUCACAGACGUUGUGAGGACUGCGCUGUGCAGCCCGGCGGGGUGCCGCACAUCCUGGAGGCUGCCAGAGAGCAGCGUUUCACCUAGAAAUGGUUUGGAAGUGAACUAAUUUAGGACUGACUGUCAGGCAACCAUAAGGACAAUGGCUGGCAGUGUUUUUUUUGUAUUUAAAAAUAGGACACCAUCAACAACAAUAGACUGGUUCUCAAUACACUUUGUGCAUUUUUUUUUAUUUCAGUAGAUAAAAAAACAACUGAACAAGAGAUAAUGGCCCUCAUUUAUCACGGUACCAUGGACAUAACCGCAAAUUCAAGUGUUAAAAGUGCUUUUUGUCCAUUUAAUAGAAAUGUUCUCACACACUAAGUGACGCAAUGGCCGUGUUCAUGUGUGCACAGGUUUCAACACUAUACUCCAAAAAACAUGUAACUUUAGUUUGUCAUUUUCCUAAACAAACACCCUAAAAAAUGCUGAUUGAAGCACCACGUUGAGGAGAAUUGCACCAUUUGUUGAGCUUGUGCUUUCAACAGCGCUAAACUCUUUUCAAGCUAUAUUUUUUAGUAUUGAUGAAUGAAAAUAAUAGAUACAACACAAUUCUGUAGCUGCAGGCUUUCGCGUAGGCCAUGUGACAUAAAUAAUAUUUGUUUUCUUUUGUGUUUUUAUAGAUUGUAACUACUGAUCCUGAUUUAUUUCUUACACUACUGAACUGCUUUUUUUUUUCCACCUUUCCAUCCGAUUGCACACACUUGCCAGGACUCAUUAUGCUCAAUAAUAUGAGGAUAAUUACCAUGUUUUUGCAGGUGAACUGGCCACACGUCUAUUUAACAGUUGAAUUGUGGCUCAUGCGUUCGCCUGAUAAAUGAGGGCUGAUGUAAUUAACGUGUGUUUGGUUGAGAAGUAGCGGUGUUUUAGACAGUCGAUAUUAUUCUAUUUUUGUGGCAAUACUGAAGCAAUAUUAUUAAUCCUUAAUGUUGAGGGAUUAUGAAUGGAAGCCUCACCUGUACAGCCAACUCUGAUUGGUUCCCGGGGACCUCUGAGUCGUCAGCAGUGACAUCACUUGAGCCGAUGAUGUAACCAGGAGAUAAUCUCCCCCCCUCUCUCUCAUUUGUGUGUGCAAUUAUGCACAGUUCAAAAUUUUCUGCAUUAUUUGUCGAAAAAAGACAAACACUGUAUCGACGUCUCCACUCAGAAUACCACAAACUGUGCUCUCCCCCUCAGAGUACAGUCGUAGCUUUUAGAUUAAUUCUGGUUCACAUCCUCCAUGCUCCAGUCAUGCCUCUGUGUUGUUUUAAUGAUGAAUCAUGUUUAUAAUAAUAAUAAUGACCCCUUACAGAUUCCCCGCAUUAGAUCUAAUGACAGAAUGUUUUCCUCUCUGAGGCUGGGCCCGCUGUGAGACAAAGACCUGCCCAGCAUCAGUCACCUGACUCUGGAUUUGACUUGUAGACUCGGCACGAUCUUUGACUGACAGCGAACCAGCAACACGAGAGACGUUUUUUCUUUUCGCAGCACUUAGACUGUGUUCAAUCUACUUGAAGCGCACACAUGUAUCUUCUUUGACAGAUGAUGAUUUUUUUUUUAAAAACUACUUUUCAUUGAAAUAACAGGACAGUGAACGUCGGAGGGUUGAGAUGAGAUUAUUGGACUGUCAUCGUCUGUCAGACUGUGUGACCUUCAAUGGCCGUGGGGUUAAACUGUUCAAGUGUUUGUCAGAUUAGCUUUCAAAACCAGAUACACACUCUCAGUCUGAAGACUGGAUUGAGGGGAUAUCUUAUGCGGCAUUUCCACUGCGUGAUACGGCUCUGCUCGACUCGACUAAACCCAGAUUUGGUACCUUUUCCUCCCUUUCUUAUUUAGUUUUCCUUUGGUCAAAGGAAUAAAAAUAAUUGUUGUCACUAUCAACGGUAGCUUGGCUAUUUAAAAAAUCUUGCAGGAUGCAACAGUGACGAUUCUCUCUAAGCGAUCAGUGGUAGCAGCGUUUUAACUCCACCUAGAAAAAGUAUCAGGUACUGUGCACAAUCUCUGCAAAUGGAAAACCAAAAGAGAGAGGGCUUGAGAAGAGCAGUGCCGUACUAUGCUGCAGAAACACGGCAUUAGAGUUCACAAUCAGACCAGUUUGAACAGGAGUCUUCAUAGUUGCAGUUAACGGUCUUAAAUGAAGGCUAGAAAAUGUGGACCAACUGUGGUUGCAGUCUUGUGAAAGACUUAAAGGAAAAAUCCAACCGAAAAUGCUUUUAACACUGUCUCCAAGUUGAUGAAGGCUGCAACUGAUGAUGACAUUAUUUUAAGUUAUUUGUCAAUUAGUUGUUUGGUCUAUAAAUUGAAUUGUUGACAGAAAAAACACUGUUCUGUUGUCUUUCAGUGGCGUACUUUUAAAAUUCUGGUUACAAUCGAUCAACGUGAGAUGACGGAUGUUUCUCUCAUUGAACAUGAGUUUCCAUCUUUACAUCUGAGAGCAAAAGCUUAGUAAGUCACCAAUUAGCUCUGACAUUUACGAGUCAAAAGGGCAGAGAUACUAAUAACUCAACAACAAUGGCCUCAAUAGACACGGGUGCACUGCAGCCACAAGACAUGUUGCAAAACAGGUCCUGUGGCUGCGUUAACAGUUCCACCCUUAAAUUUACAAACGCUGGAUAUGUCUGUGCGGUCAUACACCCACAUUUUAAUUGCGUAAUCAGCUCACACCCAGUUCGUGGGUCAUGAAAUGUCCCUUGGAAAAAAAAAGCACAAGACAGAAGUGAAGCAGAGCCGAUUCUCAACAUUAAAAUAGUCGAUACACAGCAGUGUGAGAGCGUCAAAGGGUGGAUUUUUGCCUUUAAGUGAAUAUUUUGAUGAUUGUUUGCUUUCAUAUUGUCAAUGGUCAGGCUAGAACGGCUACAGGACGAUCUGUGGAAGUUAAUUACUGGAGCACUUUGACAACAAGGGGGAGAAGAGAUGUAGCGCGAGAGGAGGAGGAGGAGGAGGAGGAGGAGGAGGAGGGAAAAGGUUUGUGUCACUCUGCUGUUUCCUGGCAGAUGAAACAAACCGUAAUCUGUAGGAAACACCUUUCUCCUCUCUCUUCCCCGACAAUAAUGGACACAAAACAAAUUUCUUUCAAAGAAAGACCAGACACAGUAACACUUUAUCUGAUUAAUCCAAGAAAGUGAAACACCCGUCAGUUUAUGACGAGUGUUCUUUGUAAAAAAAAUUAGUGAAUCUUCGGUGCACCGAAGUGAAUUUUGUGUUGAACGUGAAAAAAGUGUUCAGUGUGCCUUUUACUUUUUCGUAUUUUCAAUCUAAAUUAAGAUUUUUCAAUAGCACCAUUCUUUCUGGUUUGACCCUUGUAUUGUUUAUUUUCUUAUGAUUACUUUUUCCGAAAAUAAGUAGAGCCAGGUUUUACAAAGGUACAAAACCAAAGUCCCUCAGAAGUUUCCCUGUACGACCCACCGUGUGGAGUUUUUGGAGCUUCUUUGUCAGCUUCUCUACCGUGCUUUUUCUUGUUGGUCAAUCAGUGUAUGCCAUUUAAAAGUAUUAUAGCAAUAUUUCUCUAGUUGAAGACUAAAGUCAUGAAGAUUCUAGUGGACGUGUUUCCAAGUAUCAUAAUUUCACCUCCUGCUGAUAAAAACAAAAACAUCAAUCUAUCAAUAGAAAUCCAGUUUUAUAUUUACCUUCAUUGAUGUUGACCACACAUAAGCUAACUUGCUGUUGAGAUUAAAAAAAGGUUUAUUGAAAAUAAA